UCCCCACCGCAACAGCCAUCAAAGCCCAGUCGGUAGAGGUCCGCCUUGGCCGUUUGCAAAUCCUCCGGAGCCCUUGGCGGGCCUGUAUCCGUCUUAACCUGUCAGGACGAGCGCCGGUCCCACGACAUGGAAAGAUUCACUCUCACAGGAUCCGCCCGCCGCCAACAUUCAGCUCAUCACCACUACUAGGAGGGGUUGCUGGGCACAAUGUUCAGACGCGUGAUGACUUCCAACACCCCGGGCAACUCUCUCUCAUCCCUCCCUUGCUGCUCGCCUUGCCCUUUUCUUUCCUUGCGCCGCCGCACGUCACUCUUCCUCUAACAACCCCCCGAAUCGAUCAUGUCGUCUCCAUCACGUUCGGCGCCCGUACGAAGGAUCAAGAACAUUUGCUGUAUCGGCGCGGGCUAUGUCGGAGGUCCCACCAGUGCCGUGAUUGCGAAACAAAACCCCGACAUCACCGUCACCGUCGUCGACCUGAGCGAAGCCCGCAUCGCAGCGUGGAAGUCGAAAGCCCUCCCCAUCUACGAACCCGGUCUCUAUGAGGUCGUCGAGGUCGCCAGAGAUGGCACCGACGGACGACUUCCCAACUUCCACUUCUCCACCGACAUCUCCACCACCAUCGACCAGGCCGACUUGAUCUUCAUCGCCGUCAACACACCUACAAAGACGGAAGGAUUGGGUGCAGGAGGAGCCUCAGACCUGGCAUACGUUGAAUCCGCAGCAAGACACAUUGCAGAGGUGGCCACAUCCGACAAGAUCAUUGUAGAGAAGAGCACAGUACCAUGCGGCACGGCGGAGAAUAUUCGAGAGAUCCUCGACGCUCAUGCUUCUCCGGACAUCCACUUUGACAUCCUCUCCAAUCCGGAGUUCCUCGCAGAAGGCACCGCGAUCAAUGAUCUCCUCCAUCCGGAUCGCAUCCUCAUCGGCUCCCUCUCCGACGACCGCGCCCGUAUUGCAGCAGAAUUGCUUGCCCAAGUAUACUCCUCCUGGGUGCCUCGCGAACGCAUCAUCACCAUCAAUCUUUGGUCUUCCGAACUCGCCAAGCUCGCCGCUAACUGCAUGCUCGCUCAACGCAUCUCAUCGAUCAACUCCCUCUCCGCCAUCUGCGAGGCCACAGGCGCCAACAUCGAAGAGCUCUCCUUUGCCGUCGGUCUCGACUCCCGCAUCGGUCCCAAAAUGCUCAAAGCCAGUGCCGGGUUCGGUGGUUCCUGUUUCAAAAAGGACGUCCUCUCCCUCGCAUACAUCGCCGAAUACCUCCACCUUCCCGAGGUAGCAGCAUACUGGAAAUCCGUCGUCGACAUCAACGAGUACCAAAAAGAGCGUUUCGCCAAACGUAUCACCCGGAGACUGUACAACACCCUCCGCGGGAAGAAAAUCGCCAUCCUCGGGUUUGCGUACAAGAAAAACACGGGCGACACCCGAGAAUCCGCAGCCAUCACCAUCGUAGCGCAACUCAUCGCCGAGGGCGCCAAAAUCGCCAUUUACGACCCUCAAGUCAGCGAGGAGCAAAUCCACCGCGACUUGUCAAUCACUCACCCAGCAGAAGUCCUCAAGCAACGAGUCGAAGUUCACACAAACGCCCACUCCGCAUGCGCCAACGCCUCCGCCGUCACGAUAAGUCAAGCGGAUAAGAGGGUCGACUGGGUGCACAUCGCCGGCACGAUGAAACGUCCUCGACUGGUGUUUGAUGGGAGGAAUAUUGUCGACACGAAAGCGUUGGAAGGGAUUGGGUUUCGGGUGGAGUGUAUUGGUAAAGCGAGUCGGAGGGAGAGGUUGUUGUAA